AUGGACUCGGGGACGCAGACAGCUAUGGAUUGUUUUGACCAUCGAAUCGUCCUAGAAAACCAGUUGAGAAGAGUGGAGAACACCUACCUCGCUGAAUGUGCUGCUCAAAAACUGGAACCUCAGAAAUCAUUAGAAGAACGGAUGGUCCAAUACCAGCGAGAGUAUGACGAGAUCUGCGAUAAGCGACUUCAAGAAGAGUUGGAGCGGUGCAAGUCCACGGAGGUUGCGUUGGUUCGAGCUGAAGAACGGAAGCGUUUCGAUCGAGAAGUGGAUAACCUCCGGACGUCUCUCUUACAGGAGUAUCGCAAUAAGCAGGAACGGCUUCAAGAGCGCGAACACGACUUGGAACUUACAUUCGUUGCCCGACGAACAGAGCUUGAGACGUCGCUUUUUGAAACACGCCAGUCUCUGUUUAAAGAUAUGGAGAGGCUGCGAGUGAGGGAAGCCGAGUUGCAAGUUAAAGUGGAGAGCGAUUUUCGACACUUCGCUAGUGAGACUCAGCGUUUUCAAUUAUGGGAAGAAAGUGUUCGAACGCAAGAAGCUAACCUGGAGGGGAUAGUUGCUCAAGCCAUGCGGGAAAAAGAACGCUCCUGGCAAAUCGAAAGACAGAAAGCUCUUGAGGAAAUUCACGCCAAGCAAGACGAGUUGUCAGAUCGGGAACAAGCACUUACCACUGAAGUAGGAACGCUCAAGACGUUAAAGGCACAGGUGGUCGCACUGCAGCAGGAGGUUGCUGCAUUGGAAGCUGCGCUAUCGGUAUGGCAUUGUUGUUUUACUAGAUAG